UUGGCCCGCCUCUUCUGAAAUCUCUGGAGGAUCUUUUUAGUGGAACUGUGAGCUGAAUCUGUCUUCUCUUUUGGAUAGAAGGUCUCUCUCCCACUCUGCUCUCUCCUCUCUUUGGCUUUCUACCCCCCAAGGCAAAAUCAUUAAGCCAUGUCCUGCCCAUGAGAGAUCCAUGGAAAGACACGGAAAGUGGAACAAAGAACAAGGUGAAAGGUGAUCGAAAGAGUGGUCUCUCUUCUCUAUCCAUCCAUGAUUUCCAAGAUCAGCGGGAGCAUCCAGUCUUCAAACACCGGUGAGAACGAAGAGUACGACUCUCGAGGUGAGUCCAUCUCCUCCUUCAACCUCCCACCACCACAUCCAUCACCGUCACCAACAACUGUUACUACUUUCCAACACGAACGCCCUUCAUCCUCCUUCAUCUUUGAUCCACUAUCCCCGUACCUCACCUCCUUCCCCUUCCCACCUCCGGAGUCCAAUUCUCUCAGCCUCGACCCUACAUGGCUUAAAAGAAUCCAACCAUAUUCCGCUUGCACCACUCUGGGCGCCAUGACGGCCACUCGCUCCUCAGUAUCAUCAUCAGCGAGUCCCUCCUCGGUGCAACCACCCGCACAAGCUGAUCGCUCUUCCGCCGCCCCACGAGGCGCCAAGAAGCGGUCGAGGGCGUCGAGGCGAGCCCCGACCACCGUCCUCACCACCGACACUUCCAACUUCCGCGCGAUGGUGCAACAGUUCACUGGCCUACCGACACCGCCCUUCACUUCCUCCCACUUUCCCCGCCCUCGGCUUGACCUCUACAACAUGGGGGCCGCCGCGAUUCCCCCUUAUCUCCUUAGGCCCUCUGCCCAAAAAAUCCCAUCUGCUUCCUUCCUUCCCAUGACUACUACUUCCACCUCCUCCGCUUCACUUCUUGAUCAUGCUAUUGCUUCUAUUUCUGGGAACACCAUUGUCAGCAUAAACAUGCCCAUUAGAACUACUGAAACAAGUUCUCCAAUUGGUGCUACUCCAAGCUCCACCGAGAAGUGCCAAUUGUCACUCUUCGGUGCUCAGUAUCCAAGCACACUCGACAUGCAAAGCGCAAAUUUUAUCUCCCAACCCCUUCUCCAAUCUCAGACCGCUCCCGAGUACAACUCACACUCCUUGGGCUACGCCUUUGGAGGCCUCGGGAGCCUGCUCGCCACCGAAGGCAUGAACUUGAGCCAUGAUACCGAUGUUCUAUCCGGUUGGGCUAAUGAAUCAGGACAGGAGAAUGCGGAACCAGCUCGAUCAAAGACAAUCAUCAGAAACUACGGCAAUCCGAGAUAGCUGAACCCAUGCAGGAAAGAGAUCUGCAAGCGUCGCCAGCGGAUUCGUAGAUUCUUUCCCUAGGUGUUCCAGUUCGCAAUAUGUGUAGAGCAAGUGUCAGCAAAAAGAAGGUGAAGUGCCUCAUCCAUCAUCAUCAUCAUCAUCGUCAGUGCAUGGUAACCAUAUAUAUCAAUCAACACACUUUCUUCCUAAUCCGAACAUGGUUUCUCGUCCUCGUUUUGCUCACUGUGAUUCUGAAAGAGCUCUGCUCACUCAAAUCUGGAUCAAGCUAGGGUUAUCCCCAAACUCCUGGGUUUACUGUGAACCCUGGGAAACUGGCUUCAUUUAAGACGAACUGCAAUGUUGUUUGAGAU